AUGGCGAACGGCUUCUUCGAUCGCGCUCGUCUGGAGUUCCUGUACGAGUGGUUAGCUCAGUACCGCUUCGCGCAAGACCAUGGAACACUCUCCGAGUUCUGGGAGCGCAUGAUCACUGCUUACCUGGUUCUAUUUCCCGACGACGACCAACCUGAGGAGGUAUUCGAACGCGCUCGUACGAAGAGCGGCCGCAAGAGCAUGAAGCGCCCCGAGGGCGUUCCCAAGCCUAUUCGCGAGCGGCUACGCGAGUGGUUUCGAAACUCACGCCGCCACGACCGUUCAGGAACCGCCACGACGUCUCAGACCUCUACAACCGUUAAGUUGCUCGUACGCGCUAACAAGAAGCUGCCCGAGUGGCAGUACUACUCGAGCCUCUAUUUCCACCAGUCCGUCGAGCCAACCAUGGGCACGUACGAAGACUACAAGGCCGGCGUACCCGAGGGCGAGAAGGUUCUUCAUCCCCUUCCCUGGCGUAUGCAGUGCAUUCGCGACUCCUACGAUGCCGCACCCGACAACGUCAAGGAGAACGUCAGGCGCUUCAAGACUUUGAGCGAGACAUCAAUCGAGGAGCUCUCUGGCGAUCCCGGGGACCUUGCGCGUGUGCUCGGCGUGCGCGACCACUCGUCAGCUGUAGCCGGCGCGUCGGCUGCUCCAUCCCACGUGACCGCGACCAGUGCGGGGACAGGCGGCGAUGGGGAAGGCGAGGCCGCUGCAGCGUCCGCUCAUGAACAGCGCCUGGAAGAAGAAGCUAUCAUCAGCGUAGCUAACAAGGAGCUCGAGGAGGCGAUCGUCAAGGUGCGAGAGGCGAAGUUGGCCGAACGCGACAAGGCCAUUGGCGGCCUGCGCAACGCUCUUGCUAAAGUGAUCCAUGGCAUCGUCUGGCAGACCGGCUGGUCUGUUAGCGUCUUCGCUGGUGGCCCACGUCCAUCAGCCAACGGCUCUAUCGAAGUACUACAUCUCCAUGGAGGACCGUCUACCGACUUGACUUUCCUGCGGAGCAAGGUCAAAUUUGUUGAAGACUCAGUUCUCAGCGAGUUCAAUGACUUCUUGGACACUGCUUACCCCGCCGACUCCCGUCUCACUCUACCUUCCGCUGACGACGUGGUUGGCACUGCUAUCGUCGGAACGCCGGACGUCCGUCGCGCUGCUGCUACGCGUAUCACGGGGCGCGCUACUCGGCAUGUACCCGCGACACGGGUUUCCACUGCGCUCACGCCUAACGUUUCUGAGACGGUCGUCUCAUCAACGGAUGCUCCAGAGCCUGCUGCGAUUGCUACGUCAAAUCGCGCUCGGACUAGGCGACAGAAGCGUAAAGGCAAGGCUAGGGCGACCUCGGAGGACCUUGAAGCGGACACUAGCUCUUCGGGGGAGGAGGGAGACUCGGAGGAGAUGGAUUACGACUCAAUGGAUCCGAACCCCGCAGACGACGAUGAGUCUGACGACGAGAUGGACGUUGACGGCGAUCCCCAGUUGCGCUCUAUUAGCGCAAUCACCAUUCCUCGCCGGGAGCGCGAGAUUUUCGGUCUGCGUAACAAGCGUCGUCUUUCCGAUGCUUCUGUAGCCGGAAACGAUCAAUCCGCGAAGCGCAUUGGCGUGGAUCUGGACGACGAUGCGGAGCUGGCUGACCCCGUCCCGUCUAACCGUCUUUCUCGCCCUCGCCCUCGCCCUCGCCGAGUGACACGAACCAUGUCGACUACUUUGAACGAACUCUCGUCUGACUGCGAUAGCAUGCCUGCUCUCGAAGGUCUCACGGACGUCGACAUGGAAACGGACGAAGACGGCUACAUGUCAGCGCCUGGCCCCGCGCCCACGGACGUCAGCGACUACGAGAGCGUACCGGAGCUGGAAUCGUACCAAGAUAUACCACCGUCCAUGCGCCUCAUCGAAGGUGACCCCUCCGUGGCGUACGACUGCGAGGCCGCUCGCAAGUCCCCAACACCUGCCUCGCGCCCGCUCAACAACCCGGCCUCCCUCUUCGCAGCUCUCACGCGCGCCAUGACGGAGUCAGCGGCCAAGAACGAGCAGGAGACCAUUGAGAAGGCUCGCGCAGAUAAGGCCGCAGCGAGGAAGGCGGCCAGGGCCAUGCGCAAGCAACAGGCAGGCAUCACGUCGACGGCUACCGAACUCGUCACUCCGGGCACAUCGGCAAACAACGCGCGGGCGGAUGGAGGCAACGAGCGCGACGCCGAUAGUGACUUUGUCCUCGUCGACACUCCGCCCAGUGCUGUACCUGAGUCGCCUGGCCGGACGGCUGGCGAGACCGUAGAGGUUUUAUUCGGGAACGCUCAGACGGCGGGCCGUCAGGAGGAGAGUGGGUCAGUGGAUAACGUCGAGGAUGGGGGCGCCGAGGGAGGUGUGGGCGAACGGGCCGAAGGCGGGGUUGUUGAGGACGAAGGCGUUGAGGGGCAAGAACAGGGUGGAGAGGCAGGGCAGCUGGACGCUGCGGAGGAUAUACCCCGUCUGGACUUCGACGACAUGGACAUGGAUAACGUGCUGGCGAUACUUGCUGAGUGCGACGUCCCGCCCAGACAGCACGACUUCAUCGUGGCCGCUAUCGCGGUGCUCGAGCGUGCCAGUGAGCACCCAGACUGGCAGCUUGCGCUGCGUCGCUGGAUCCUGCUUGAGAUCCAACUGCAGUUUCCCGCGGCUCAUGAUCCAAAUCACAAGCUCACGACCGACGAUCGCCCAGACUCGGUUCGAUGGUGGCUCGCGCGCGGCCGCAAGUAUGGCCGCCCACCCAUUAUCUCGGAUCUUGUCGAGUACGGCGAGGACAUGCGUCUGUGGUACACGCACGUCAUGCCGGAAUGGCGUAGGGGCGCUCAAGAUUGGCCGCUGCUCCGUGUGGUCCCCAACGACGCGGACUGGCAAACAGCUUAUAAAGGUGGCGCCAAUGGCAUGUUCAUCGUGCUCAUUGCAUGCUAUUGGUGGAUCUCACAAGCCAAGAGCAACGACAAAGCGCUACGUGAGUCGCUGUCCGUGGUAGAGGACGUCGCGUGGGCCCUCGGACAGAUGACUUCGUCCGGUUCUGGUUAG